CGGGAUCCCACCCAGGAGGUUUGUCGCACGAGGGCAGGGCCGGCGUCAUUGCGAGGAGGGGCUGCAGCUGCGGUUGGGCUGAACAAGUGAGUGCGCAAAGCCCACCGGCCGCCCAGACAAUAGACCAGCCGCACCAUCUGCGCAUCUCCCGGCCCAAAGCAUCUCUGGAAGCCCAGCCGCCGUCUGGCACUCCGGACCCUCCCUAUACAAAAGGGCGCAAUGAGGGACACCAUGAACACCCAGUACGACUCCUUCCUCUUCUGGCGCAUGCCCAUCCCGGAGCUGGAUCUCUCCGAGUUGGAGCUCCUCGGCCUGGCCGACAUGGCCGCCUACAAGCCCAAAGGUGGAGUGGCCGCUGGCCGCGAUGCACAAAACCGCCCUUCUCCGGACGGCGACGACGACGGCCUCCUCCAGUUCAACAGCUUCAACUUCUGGAGGGCCCCCGUGGCCCGCAUCAGCCCCAUCGAUUUUGACCUGAUCUGACCUCGGGGCCAGAAACGGCCCGCGGGCUGUCGCUUUGCCUUUCGCCCUCCCUCCGCUGUGUUUUCCUUUCUUUCUUUCUUUCUGUCUUUCCUUUCCGAGGCACUUUCACAAUGGUUCCGUUUGUUUUCUAAAAUACGUGAUUGUCACUCUG